AAUAAAUUAAAACUAUAUAUAAAAAUAAAAGUAGUGCCAACCCUAGCAAAUUUCUCAUUUCGUCCCAAUUAACCGCAAUUUUCGGGUAAAUAGGGAUUACACCUAUUUUUGCAUUUUUUGCUUAAACUGGAAUGCUAGUUGCAUAAUUUUAAAUUAGACAACAAAGAUGCCCCCAAGACUCAAUCAUUUUGAUCCUGAUAUAGCAUUAUAUACAUCAACAACUACCUUAAAAUUGCUCAUAAAGUUGGAAUUUGUCCCGAAUCGCCCCAUUUUACGGUAUAUACUGUGCACUGUGUAUUGGGUACAUUAAAUAAUAUUCCAAUAUUUCCAAUCAUAAAUAUUAUUUCAUGGAUUUCCUCUUUUUUAACAAGUCUAAAUUAUGAUUAAUAAGACACCAGCAACCUAAUUUGUUUAGUAAUGUGAUUGAGAUCUCUUACAUAUUAAGAAAAUGAGUACAACGAACAAUGAAAUUUACGACCAACCCAAAAGGUUACGUUUUAAGUCAGUAACCAAUGUUCAGCAAUCUUCUAAUGAAAUAACUUCUACAGCAAUUGGAAAAGAUAUUAGAUGUAGAGAUGAGGAGAAAUCUGCCUCUCUUUUCGCUUUUUUACAUGUAGAGCUUACACGAGGCUAUUUACUUGAACAUGAUGAAGAAAGGUUUUCAGCAAGACGAGAAAAAGUGUAUUCUUUUAUAAAAAUCCCUCAAGAAUUAGAAAAAUUCAUGGCCUAUGGUUUCUUCCAGUGUGCAGAUUCUUUGUUAUUUGUUUACACAUUUCUUCCUCUAAGAUUCUUAAUAGCAUUUUGGUCAUUCUGUAAUAGGUUAUUUAGAAACUGUUUUGGAUUUUCUUCACACUAUUCUAAAAGUAUUUUGAAGCCAGCUGAAACUUGUGAUGUCUUAAAAGGAUUUAUUUUGUUAGUGUGCAGUAUAUUAAUGUGUUACAUAGACACAAAUAUGAUGUAUCAUCUAGUUAAAAGCCAGAGUGUUAUGAAAUUAUAUAUAUUUUACAACAUGCUGGAAGUUGGUGAUAGACUGUUCUCAGCUUUUGGCCAAGAUACAAUUGAUGCUUUGUUCUGGACAGCGACAGAACCAAGAGACAGAAGAAGGGAACAUUUAGGAGUUAUUCCGCAUUUAUUAUUUGCAAUGACCUAUGUUUUUUUACACAGUAUUUUGGUGCUAUUCCAGGCUACAACACUUAAUGUAGCGUUUAAUUCAAAUAACAAAAGUCUUCUGAUCAUUAUGAUGUCAAAUAAUUUUGUAGAGCUAAAAGGAAGUGUCUUCAAGAAAUUCGAUAAGAACAAUUUGUUUCAAGUGUCCUGCAGUGAUGUCCGAGAAAGAUUACAUCUUUCUGUACUUCUUUUCAUAGUAGUUUUACAAACCAUGAAGGAAUAUAUGUGGAAAGAGGAAAGGUUUUGGAUUCUGGCACCUGAUUGUAUACUUGUACUAACUUUUGAAGUUAUUAUUGAUUGGGUGAAACAUGCCUUUAUAACCAGAUUUAAUGAAAUUCCAUACGGAGUGUACAGGGAGUACACUGUCAGUUUGGCAUAUGAUGUAGCACAAACAAGACAAAAGUAUGCCUUUUCUGAUCAUUCUGACUUGGUCGCUAGGAGGAUGGGUUUCAUUCCAUUACCUCUAGGUGUUGUAAUAACACGAGUUUUGGUACACGCUGUCAAAGUUGAUGGAUUUCCAGCAUUCCUUUUGAUAUUAAUUGCAUAUUUAUGCUUGAUAUCGCUAAGAGUGCUUGUAUCCAUCGUAAUACUGGGUAAAGCCUGCGACUUAAUCGUUCUACACCAAUCUGAAAAGAAUGAAAGCCAUCACACCACACCGAAAAGGGAACAGAGAGAUUUCUAUGCUAGAGAAUCUCCAUGUACUCCUAAAGCCGCAGAAGUUGUCGUGGAACCGCAAAAAAAAUCGGUACAGCUUAAAUUUGUUAUUCCAGAGAACACUAUUUUGGCAGAGCCACUUGUGGACGCCUCAGUCGGUGCUGCGGCUAUUUUCUCUAAUAGUGCCAUCGACUUGAAUGGUGUUUGUUAUCUCAAUGACAAAAUGAAUGCACAAAUAAAGCAGGAAGUUACAGAUUAUCUCGAGUCCGAAGUGGUGGAUUUAAGUAGAAGCGCUCCAGAUAUAAAGGCCGCUGCGGGCGCAGAGACCCAGCCCGAGGAGGAGCGUCCGCUCUCGCCGGACGCCGAGGGUCUCAAACGUCGAUCUGAAUCCGAACCAAACCUUGUGAAGCCAGAAGACGAAACAGCAUUGAGCGAAUUUUAAUAUUUUAAUUCCUGUCAUAUGUUUCUCUAGUCUCAAUUAACGUUGAUUAUUCAACAAUUUUUUUUUAUUGCUUGGAUAGGUGGACGAGCUCACAGCCCACCUGGUAUUAAGUGAUCACUGGAGUCCAUAAACAUCUACAACGUAAAUGCCCCACCUUUCAAACCGAAACGCAUUACUGCUUUACGGCAGAAAAAGGCAGGGUAGUGGUACCUACCCGCGCGGACUCACAAGAGGUCCUACCACCAGUACUAAAUUACUACUAACUAGUUACUAAAUUAGUAACUUAAAAUUCAAGUUCGUAAACCUCUACAUUUAAGUCCGAGAGAUGCACGUAUCCAUUUUUUUUAAAGAUAAAUUUGAAAUUAUAAUUGGCUCUAAUUAUAUUCAAUCCAUAUAUCAAUUAAAAAGUGUGAUUAGAGGUCGUGAUCCGAACAAACAAAGCACAUACGAAAAGGUUACACCAAUAUGAUAUAUGAAAAAAAACUAGACGAACCGUAUUAUAAUGUUGAAGUUGAGAUGUAUUUGAAAGAAGAAGUGAAAGUAUGUUGGAAGUGAUUUUAUAUUGACAAGAUUAAUUGCUUAGGAUGUGAACUCCUAAUAAAUUAAUCACCUAAUUUAAUAAAUAAUUUAUUGUUUUUCUUUUAUUUUACGAGGUGGGGUGGAUACAAUUUGUAUACAUUUUAUUAUAAUGUAUCGGUUCGAUUUACUGUUUUAUGACGAGCCGUUUGCUGGAUAUCAGCCUUCUUUUCAAAUGGCGGGUAUUUGUUAAAGAUUAAAUUGAAUAGGUUACUACUACUACUACUAAAGAAUAAUGUGGAGGUAGUAAGAAGGCUGGGCUGCUACUGGUGUUUAUUGACCAAUGGUCUUACAACUGUUAUCAAACUAUAUUACGAAGAAACCCCUAUAAAUCUAACAGUGUUUUAUUAUCGCGUGAAAGCGCAGUUCAUAUCAUACCUAUGUAUGUAUACAAAAAAGGUGCAAAAACUAAAUUCUGUACUUUAAUUAUUCCUCGCUUAUUAAAUGAUAUGUUGAGUAUAGAUUUUCUAACUACAUAUUUCUGUAUACUAGUACAGUAAUUUGAAAUUGGUGAAAUGUAGUUUUGUCUGAAUUGUCUUAUUAUUUUUUGAUUAAUAAUAUAAAAAAUAAUGUAUGGGUUGAGUACAUUGCGCAACUGAAUAUUAAUUGAUAUGUAAAUAUUGAUGUAGGUAUCCUUAGUGCAGUAAAAUUCGUUUUAGUUAGAACUUGCUUUGUCUAGUUAUCUUUUAUUUAUAUAUCUAUCUUAAAAAAAGUGAAAUAUUGAUUUUUAAAUUUUAAAACAGUAAAUAAAAUCGAUUAAUUAUAA